UUUGUCCAGUACGGCCAGGAGCAACCUUUGAGCACCGUGCAAUGCCGCUGCUCCCAACCUCACGCAUCUCCAUCAGUAUUGUAACACUCUCAACACUCCUAUUAUCUACUAGUGAUGCCUUUUCUUCCGAUGAACAUGGAAACGGCAGCGACAUCGACCUCUCUACCUUGCUUACCUUCAAGGCUCAACUAUCUGAUCCGACCGGAAUCCUGGCUAAAAAUUGGACAAACGAGACAUCCUUCUGCCACUGGCUUGGUGUCUCGUGCAGCCACCACCACCGGCAGCGAGUUGUGGCUCUGGAGCUGCCGGACUUGCCUCUUCACGGCGAGGUCAUUCCUCAUCUUGGUAACCUCUCUUUCCUCUCUGUCCUCAACCUGACAAACACAGGCCUUACCGGUUCCAUCCCUCCCGAUCCUGGGAGGUUGCGAAGGUUACAAUACCUUGUUCUUGGUGACAAUAGUCUUUCAAGCACCAUUCCCUCUGCCAUCGGCAACCUCACCAGUCUCAGGGUUCUUGUACUACAGAAUAAUAGCAUCUCAGGGGAAAUCCCUGAGGAAUUACAGAGUUUGCGAAACAUUAGGCACAUAGACUUUCAAAUGAAUUUGUUGACAGGUUCUAUACCAAUGGAUUUGUUCAACAACACUCCAUGGUUGAACUAUCUCAGACUCGACAAUAACAGCUUGUCAGGGAUGAUACCGCAUCGUAUAGGCUCCCUGCCCGUGCUUCAGGUUCUUGGCUUGCAGGCAAACAUGCUCCUUGGGCAGGUACCACCAUCCAUCUUCAACAUGUCUAUGUUACAACUAUUGUAUCUUGGGAAUAAUCAUCUGAUAGGACCUAUUCCUGGUAACACAAGCGUUAGCCUCCCCAUGCUUGAAAUCAUGACCCUCCAUAUGAACAAUUUCACAGGCAAAAUUCCAGCGGGCCUUUCCCAAUGCCAAAAUCCUGAGGUACUUUCUCUAUCGGUGAAUUCUUUUGAGGGUAUGAUACAUACAUGGCUAGCGAAACUGCCAGCACUUGCAGUGAUAUAUUUAGCUGAUAAUAAACUCCAUGGCCCUAUCCCAGCUGCUCUGAGCAAUCUAACCAAUCUUGUUCAAUUGGACCUCUCAUACGGUAAUUUAUCAGGAAAAAUUCCACAUGGCUUUGAACAACUGCAUAAACUCAAGUUACUGUCGCUCCAACAAAACCAGCUAAGUGGACCAUUUCCUUCGUUCACCAGCAACCUGUCAGAAUUAUCUUUCCUAUGGCUUGAUGGGAAUCUUUUGACAGGCUCUGUCCCAAUGACACUUGGUAGUACAGGAAACCUUCUAUCAGUUAUUCUGGAUGAGAACAACCUUGAUGGUAAUCUUAACUUCCUGGCAAGUCUUUCGAACUGUAGACAACUCUCCCAACUUGGCAUAGGGGAGAACCAUUUCACUGGAGCUAUCCCUGAUUCUGUUGGAAAUCUCUCUCGUGAGCUAACAUGGUUAGUUGCAGAUAGAAACAAUUUAGUCGGUAAGCUUCCCCCUUCUAUAUGCAAUUUGAGCAGUUUAACAUGGAUAGACUUUUCUGGAAACCAACUAAGGGGCACUAUCCCCAAAACAAUGAUGGUGAUGGGGAAACUCGUUAUAAUGUACCUUCAAAGAAACCACUUCUUCGGGACAAUCCCAGCAGAGCUACGAGUGCUUAGGAACCUUGAAAGACUAGACUUCCAUGAUAAUCAACUCUCUGGCCCCAUACCAGAUGAUCUUGGCAAUCUCUCGAAGUUAUUAUACCUUGAUGUAUCUCAGAACCAACUAUCCUCAUCUAUACCAGUAAGCAUAUUCCAUGUGAAGGGUCUUGUACAACUUGACCUACAUCAAAAUAUGUUGAGUGGUGUAUUGCCAGAAAAAAUAGGAACUCUGUUACAAAUAAACAUCAUUGAUGUCUCCAGUAACCACUUGAAUGGUAGCCUGCCUGAUUCCCUUGGACAACUGCAAACACUAACCUUUCUAAAUCUAUCAAACAAUUUUCUAAAUAAUGCAAUUCCAGAAUCAUUUAGCAAAUUAGCAAGCUUGAAAUCAUUGGACCUAUCUCACAAUGAGAUCUCUGGUACCAUUCCAGCAUAUUUGACUCAGUUUCAAGAUCUCACCGGUCUGAACCUGUCAUUCAAUAAGCUAUAUGGUAGGAUACCAGAAGGUGGUAUCUUCACAAACAUCACAUUCAAAUCCUUGAUGGGAAACUCAGGUCUGUGUGGUGCCUCCCUUUUAGGUUUUCUCCCUUGUCCAAGCAACUACCACUCAACUAAGAACAGGCACAAUCUUAAAUUCUGGAUCAUUGGUGUCGUUACAUUAGUUGGAGUGGGAGUAAUUUGCAUGUACAUGAUAAUAAGGAAAUGGAAGAGGAAACUGGUGGCAGAUUCUAUUAGUGUGGUUGACAUAAAGGACCAUAGGUUGUUAGUCUCAUACCAUGAGAUUGUUCGUGCCACAGAUAACUUUAGUGAAAGCAAUCUGUUGGGUAGUGGAAUUGUUGGCAAAGUUUACAAGGGCCAACUGAGUGACGGCAUGAUGGUUGCAAUAAAAGUCUUAAACAUGCAGCUAGAGCAAGCUAUCACAAGCUUUGACGCCGAGUGUAAUGUGUUGCGCAUGGCCCGACACCGCAAUUUGAUAAGGAUACUCAGCACCUGUUCAAAUCAAGACUUUAAAGCAUUGAUUCUUGAGUAUAUGCCUAAUGGUAACUUGGAAACAUAUUUGCUCCCUGAAACCAAACAAUGUUUGGGAUUCCUAAAGAGGUUGGAUAUUAUGUUGGAUGUGUCACUAGCAAUGGAGUACCUACAUUAUGGACACUGCAAGGUUGUCAUCCAUUGUGACUUGAAACCGACAAAUAUUUUAUUAGAUGAAAACAUGACAGCUCAUGUGGCAGAUUUUGGAAUAGCGAAACUAAUAUUCGGUGAUGAACAUAGUGUAACUGCAAGCUCACUUGGAACCAUAGGAUACAUGGCACCAGAGUAUGGAUCUAAUGGAAGAGCAUCAACAAGGAGUGAUGUGUUCAGCUACGGGAUCAUGCUUCUUGAGGUAUUCACUGGAAAAAAACCAACGGAUGCAAUGUUCAUGGGGGGACUAAAUGUCAGGCAAUGGGUUAAUGAAGCGUUUCCACAAAGGCUUAUUAACGUUGUGGAUGUUUAUUUAUUGCAAGAUCUCCCUCAUCCCAUGGAUAAAUUCCUUGUGCCAAUAUUUGACUUGGGUUUGCUAUGCACCAGUGACGUCCCUGAUAACAGAUUGACUAUGAGUGAUGUGGUUGUGACACUGAACAAGAUAAAGAAGGAUUAUGUUUGUUCUACAACAAUCAAGAUAUGAAGUGAUGCUAGUUUUUAGAAAUAUCUAUAAGUAAUAUGUAUGAAUUAAGUAGCUCGUUUGUCAUCACACUUUAUAGCCCUCCAAUUUAUUGUGGCAGGAAGAUAGAAGUGUUUGCUAGUCCUUUUCAUGGGCCUAACUUGUCUUUGUAAUGAUAUUUUAUUGCACAGAUGCUAUGAAUUGGCUGUUGGAAAAAUCAGAUGCAAUUGGCACCAAUUAA